GCAUCAAAGACUUACAUGGCACGAUGGGUUAAUCCCAAAAGAUGAAAUAUGGCUAAAGAUUGGGGGAGAUAAGGGAGGGGGAAGUUUSAAGAUGGGAUUUGAAAUUGCCAACACAGCAACCCCAAAUUCAACAAGAAACACUGUAGUGUUUAAUCUUUUUGAGGCUCCAGACAACCCACAUAAUCUUAAGGUUGGGUUGGACAGAUAUGUCAAUAACAUAGACUGUCUACAAAAAGAAAAAUGGAGAGAAUAUAAACUAAUACUUUUUGCAUUUGGGGACUACUCCUUUUUAUGUGACUUAUAUGGAAUUUCAGGAGCAAGUGGUUAGUAAACAGAAUAUAUAUAAUAUAUAAUUAGCAUAUACUAUGGUCACAACAUCGUAAGAAUGCACGCUCUCAUUGGCUAGCUAUCUCGGAAUACUGAGACCAUAUUCACUCCACUGAAGCAGGGGA